AUGGCGAGGCGACGACUGCUCCGAGAUGGACGUGGAUGCCCAGCAGUGCCUCCCCGACUGCAGUGGCCACGGGCUUUCAGCAUCGAGGCCCAUGCUUGCGUGUGCGAUCAUCUCUGGACCGGCUCUGACUGUUCCAAGAAGGCGUGUUCGCUGGACUGCGGGCCCCACGGAAUCUGCGAGAACGACGCUUGCACCUGUGACGAGGGCUGGACAGGUGCCAAUUGCUCGGAACGCUUGUGUGACCCCAGGUGCAGCGAACACGGCCAAUGCAAGAAUGGGACGUGCGUGUGCAUGGCGGGCUGGAAUGGACGCCAUUGUACCCUCUCGGGAUGCCCUGGGAACUGCCGGAACCGAGGCACGUGCGGGCGCCGACCAGGAGGGCGUGUGGAAGUGCCUGUGUCAGCCCUGGUGGACGGACCCGACUGCUCGGCCAUGCUCGAGACCCAGUGCAGCGACGGCGUGGACAACGACAGAGAAUCUCUGGGUUUCAUUAAAGGAUUCUUUAUGAGAAAUAUGGAUGGCAUAUCACUGCAGUUGUAG